UUCUUCCUAGUGCAUCUGUCAGUGAAUCAGAGGACUUCACCUGCUACUGCACUGCACUGGUUUCACUAUGUCGGUGCCAGACUCAGUGGCCUCUGAUGAGGCUGUGGCAUCGGAGAAAUUCUCUUUUAUGUCUACCGUCAGCAAGACCCCCAAGAAGCAGAUCCAGUUUGCGGAUGACAUGCAAGAGUUCAGCAAGUUUCCCACCAAAACUGGGCGCAGGUCUCUGUCCCGCUCCAUCUCGCAGUCCUCCACUGACAGCUACAGCUCUGUGGCCUCUUACACUGACAGUUCAGAUGAUGAAAUGUCUCCACGAGACAAGCAGCAAACUACAUCCAAAGGCAGCACUGAUUUUUGUGUGAAGAAUAUUAAACGGGCUGAGUUUGGCCGUCGGGAGAUUGAAAUUGCAGAACAAGAAAUGACAGCGCUGAUAUCCUUGAGAAAACGAGCACAGGGGGAGAAGCCACUAGCAGGAGCGAAGAUCGUUGGCUGCACACACAUCACAGCACAAACAGGGGUACUGAUUGAGACACUGUGUGCACUUGGUGCUCAAUGCCGCUGGUCUGCCUGUAACAUCUAUUCUACCCAGAAUGAAGUGGCUGCUGCCUUGGCUGAGUCAGGUGUUGCAGUUUUUGCCUGGAAAGGGGAGUCAGAGGAUGAUUUCUGGUGGUGUAUUGACCGUUGUGUGAACGCUGAUGGUGGUUGGCAAGCGAAUAUGAUCCUGGAUGACGGAGGCGAUCUAACUCACUGGGUUUACAAGAAGUAUCCAAAUGUUUAUAAAAAGAUCCGCGGCAUUGUUGAGGAGAGUGUGACGGGUGUACAUAGAUUAUAUCAACUCUCCAAGGCCGGCAAACUGUGUGUACCUGCUAUGAAUGUGAAUGAUUCUGUCACUAAGCAGAAGUUUGAUAAUCUGUACUGCUGCCGAGAAUCCAUUUUGGACGGGCUGAAGAGAAGCACUGAUGUGAUGUUUGGGGGAAAACAAGUUGUGGUGUGUGGAUAUGGGGAGGUUGGUAAGGGGUGUGGAGCAGCACUCAAGGCCCUAGGAGCUAUUGUUAACGUUACAGAAAUUGACCCAAUCUGUGCUCUGCAAGCCUGUAUGGAGGGCUUUCGUGUGGUGAAAUUGAAUGAGGUCAUACGACAAAUGGAUGUGGUUAUCACUUGUACAGGUAACAAAAAUGUGGUUACAAGGGAGCAUCUGGAUCGAAUGAAGAAUGGCUGCAUUGUGUGUAAUAUGGGGCAUUCAAACACUGAGAUUGAUGUGGCCAGUCUUCGUACCCCUGAGCUAACUUGGGAGAGAAUCCGAUCUCAAGUGGAUCAUGUCAUUUGGCCAGAUGGGAAGAGAAUUGUUCUGUUAGCUGAGGGUCGUCUUCUCAAUUUGAGCUGCUCAACCAUUCCCACCUUUGUAUUGUCAAUAACCGCUACUACAGAGGCUCUGGCAUUGAUAGAAUUAUAUAAUGCUCCAGAAGGCCGAUACAAGCAGGAUGUUUACCUUCUACCCAAGAAAAUGGAUGAGUAUGUUGCCAGCCUUCAUCUGCCAUCUUUUGAUGCCCACUUAACAGAGCUAACUGAUGAUCAGGCCAAAUACCUAGGACUCAAUAAGAAUGGACCUUUCAAACCAAACUACUACAGAUAUUGAUUCUUCAAAUGAAAAACUCAACUGUAUUCUUCAACACUGCUUUAGAAAAAAAAUGAAGACCACCUGGAUGAAUCUUCUCUUUUUUUUUUUUUAAUAAUUAGAUAUUGUUGUGUUUUUGUUUUCAUUUCAGUGUCUGCAUGUUUUCUAUUUUUUUUUUUUUUUUUUUUUUUUAAGGAAAGCUGAUUUUUUAGAACCAUGGCAUUAUGGCGGCAUUUUGAACUAAACAAUCCGCAAAAAUCUGUGAAGAGUUAUGGAGCUCUCUUUUUUUUCUGCCUUAAACCAUUCUAAUACCUCCCUACUUUUUUCAUUCCUGAUCCUGUUGUUCUGACUUGUUUUGUCAAGAAGCAGCACCAAGAAUAUUCUCUUCCAUUUGGCAUUAGAUGAUGUCAUGGAACCACACUGUUCAGUCUUUUUAUAGUUUCAUUUUUUUUUACGCUUUGUGGAUAUAAGGACCCUGAUAGGGGUCCAGAAGUUAUUUAGCGAGCAUUCUCUGUGUAUGAGAUUGAACAUUCUAUCAAGAAGGUUUAAUCCACAAAAUUCACACCAUCCCUUCCUUUCUUCUACAAGAUACUGUGCAAAGUUAUAUUAUGUCAACACGGUAGGCUUACAAUGCUUCUGAAAUCAAUUUCCCUAUUUAGAAAUGAGAUUUUUGUUCUGUUUUCUUUAAUUAGAAGUGAUAUAAUGAAGUAAGUUAAUGAAGAAAAGAACAGUUACAAAUUGAACUUAAUCUCUGCUUUCCUGUGCUUACUACUGUGAUUUCAUUUUGUAGACCAGCAGACAGCCAAGCAACCAACAGAAGAAUUUCUUCUGAUUUUAUCUCCAGCAGAAUAUCACUGUUUUCUAUGACGUGCAUUUAAGAUCUAAAAGUACGACAUCUAUUAGUUAGGUUUCAUGGUGCUCCGGCAGGCCCAUUUCAUGCAUGUGUUAGUUGCCUUCUUGUAGCCUCUAAGGAGUUUCACUAGGAGGGUUCAAAUGAGUGUCCUAAUCUGCUGUGUCUGAUGGGCAAAGGGCUGAAAACAAGAUACAAGCCAUGCGACUGUGGGACUCAAAUCACCACACACUGAACCUUUAAAUGGCAUGUUUUAAUGAUCUGCUUGAGAGAAAUUUAUUUUAUAUAUGAAUGAUUUUUAAUGAAUGCAAUAUUACAAUAAUCCUUGGAGAAGAAAAGCAAUACAAAAUUAAAGCCAAACUAAGAUCAUUUAA